CAUCGCAGACAGUAGUAUUAGCUCUAUGCUACGUGGUACUGCACUGUUUACAUCGCGUUCUCAAUACGGAAGUGAACAUUUCGCGACCCCAUUCGGGUAUCCAAUGCUACCGAGCUAAGUGUUGGUUGUCGGUAGCUGGUGUGUGAAGACUUUGGCGGUCAACCGAUCUAAACAUUGAUCGCUAUUGGAAGCCGAUUGAUCUCAAUUAGUGUUUAAUUGAACUCUCUCCCGUCACGUUGCAUGGUUUUCAAAGUCUAUCAGUGCAGUGGAAGCUACUCCUGGAAAAGAGGAAAAACCUUUGCGUGUCAAUUUGCGGCGAGAAAUUCUUCCGGCGAAGCGCAUGCGUCCAAUUGCGGACCGAUCCUGAAAUAGAUUGAUUCAUUUCGCUCCACCACGAGUGUAUUUGGUGUUAUUCUGUGUCGUAAGGGCAGUGCAUGUUGAUUUUGGUCGUAGGUGGUUGCAAAAAUGCCGAAAUCGGAAGAUGACAUUGAUCUUGAUGGAGUUCUUAACGAGAUUGGCCAAUUCGGACGGUUUCAGAUCCGCCAGUAUGGGUUGAUGGUGAUACCGAUAAUUCUGAAUGCGUUCUUCACACUCAGCUACGUGUUCACAGCGGGAAAUUUGAGCUACAGAUGUGAGAUACCAGGAUGUGAUGAAGGACUAUCUACUGUUUACCAUCCAGCGUGGUUGAACAACACCGUCCCGUUCAGGCAUGGAGAUCCAGCACAGUGCGAACGGUUUCUACCGAUAAGCAAUGCGAGCGUAGAUAACCUGUUGUGCGAUGCGGAUGAGUUCGACCAGACAAAAAUCAUUGGAUGCGAUAGCUUUAUUUUCGAAGAUGAUGAAGUAACAAUCGUUAAAGAUUUCAACGUCACAUGCCCAAGCAAUGAUUGGAAACUAACGCUCGUGGGCACCAUCAACAAUGUGGGACAAUUUGUGGCCCUACCAAUCGCAGGAUACAUAUCGGAUCGCUUCGGUCGACGCUUGGUGCUUCUGCUCAGCGUAGCUGGCAGCGCUAUAAUCGGUUUAAUCCGAUCAUUUUCCACCAGCUAUGAAAUGUUCAUCGCACUGGAGUUCCUGGACCCAUUGAUUGGGUCUACUAUGUAUACGACGGCUUUUGUCUUAGCGUUAGAACUGGUUGGCCCAAAUAUGCGUGUAACCGGUAACAACAUCAUCUCAUGUGCAUUCUCGUUCGCCGAAGCUGGUCUAGGUCUACUAGCUAUGCUAAUCCGUAAUUGGCGAUACCUUUUGAGAGCACUCUACAUACCAGGUAUCGUUUCACUGCCAUUGCUGUGGAUGACUACAGAAAGCGUGCGAUGGCUGCUCUCCAAGGGCCAGCGAGAUAAAGCAUUUGAUGUUCUUAAGAAAGCCGCCAAAAUGAACGGCAAAACUCUGUCUCCUUCAGCGAUCGAAAGUUUCUGUCCUGUCAGCGAUGACGAGUCUGGGUCUGAGGUGUUGGAAGGCAACAACUUUUUUAGCUUACUGUCAAAUGCAUUCAGCAACCCCCGAUUGAUUCUGCGAGUAGCUAACUGUUCAUUCUGUUGGUUGACCAAUGUGCUGGUUUACUAUGGAUUGAGCUUGAAUUCCGUCACUUUAGCGGGAGACAAGUACCUAAACUUCAUCCUGGUGUCACUGAUAGAGCUGCCGGGUUUCUUAAUCAUGCAGCUGAUUUUGGACCGUGUCGGUCGAAGAGUAACGCUAUGUACCACUAUGAUACUGUGUGGAAUAUUCUGCUUCCUUUCGGAAUUCAUACCAACAGGAAACCACUGGCUCAGCCUGAUCAUGUUCCUUGUCAGCAAAAUGGCCAUCACCAUGUCUUUUGGAACGCUUUACAUCUACACGGUUGAAAUCUUCCCCACCAACCUACGACAAAGCCUUCUAUCCGUGUGCUCAAUGUUCGGUCGGAUCGGUUCAAUGAUCGCUCCGCAAACACCGCUUCUGGCAAAGGUCUGGGCACCGCUACCGAUGGUCAUUUUCGGUAGCAUCGGCAUUGCAUCUGGACUUGCGAUUCUGGAGUUCCCGGAAACGCUCAAUACUCAGCUUCCGAACACGGUAGACGAAGCAAUGAAUUUAAAGACCGACGUAGGGAACAAAGACAAGGAACGAUUUGCCUAGCAAACUGUAGUGAAUAAACUGAUGACCUGUUUUAGGAGUACAAAAUGUGACAUAUUUGAAAGAUUCUAAUCAAGUAGACCAACAUAUUG